GGGAGGUGGGGACCGGGAUGCGGCGGAGGGCAGAGUCCUGGAGGGGAUGAAGCCUGCCCCUUUUCGGGCAGGAACCUUUAUCUGCGGGCUCGGGCCGGGGACGCGGGGUGCGGCGCUCCUCAGCCUGCGGGAGGCGUGUGCAGUCUGAGUGGCUUCCAGCGGAGCCCGGAGCGAGCAGCAGCCGGGCACGGUACCAUCAUGUUUGAAAUUAAGAAGAUCUGUUGCAUCGGGGCGGGCUAUGUCGGGGGACCCACCUGCAGUGUCAUUGCUCACAUGUGCCCUGAAAUCAGGGUGACUGUUGUAGAUGUCAACGAAUCAAGAAUCAAUGCGUGGAACUCUCCGACACUUCCUAUUUAUGAGCCAGGACUGAAAGAAGUAGUAGAAUCCUGCAGAGGGAAAAAUCUGUUUUUUUCUACCAAUAUUGAUGAUGCCAUUAAAGAAGCGGAUCUGGUAUUUAUUUCUGUAAACACUCCUACUAAGACCUAUGGCAUGGGGAAAGGCCGCGCGGCAGAUCUGAAAUACAUCGAGGCCUGUGCGAGACGCAUCGUGCAAAACUCCCACGGUUACAAAAUUGUGACGGAGAAGAGCACGGUUCCCGUGCGGGCGGCGGAAAGCAUUCGGAGAAUAUUUGACGCAAACACAAAACCUAACUUGAAUUUACAGGUGCUGUCCAACCCUGAGUUUCUGGCUGAAGGCACCGCCAUCAAGGACCUGAAGAACCCGGACCGAGUGCUGAUUGGGGGAGAUGAGACGCCGGAGGGCCAGCGGGCAGUGCAGGCCCUAUGUGCUGUGUACGAGCACUGGGUGCCCAGGGAGAAGAUCCUCACCACCAACACGUGGUCUUCCGAACUCUCCAAACUGGCGGCAAAUGCGUUUCUCGCCCAGAGAAUCAGCAGCAUCAACUCCAUCAGUGCCCUCUGCGAAGCAACAGGCGCCGAUGUGGAGGAGGUGGCAACCGCCAUCGGGAUGGACCAGAGAAUCGGAAACAAGUUCCUGAAAGCCAGUGUCGGGUUUGGUGGGAGCUGCUUUCAGAAAGAUGUUCUGAAUUUGGUUUAUCUCUGCGAGGCUCUGAAUUUGCCCGAAGUAGCUCGCUACUGGCAGCAGGUCAUAGAUAUGAACGACUACCAGAGAAGGAGAUUUGCUUCCCGGAUAAUCGACAGUCUGUUCAAUACCGUCACAGAUAAGAAGAUUGCCAUUUUGGGGUUUGCAUUCAAAAAGGACACUGGUGAUACAAGAGAAUCUUCUAGUAUAUACAUUAGCAAGUAUUUGAUGGAUGAAGGCGCACACCUCCAUAUCUAUGAUCCGAAGGUACCAAGGGAACAAAUCGUUGUGGAUCUUUCUCAUCCAGGAGUUUCCGCUGAUGAUCAAGUGUCCAGACUCGUGACCAUUUCCAAAGAUCCCUACGAGGCGUGCGACGGCGCCCACGCGGUCGUUAUCUGCACGGAGUGGGACAUGUUCAAGGAUCUGGACUAUGAGCGAAUCCAUAAGAAAAUGCUGAAGCCCGCCUUCAUCUUUGACGGGCGCCGGGUCCUGGACGGGCUCCACAAUGAACUGCAGACCAUCGGCUUCCAGAUCGAAACAAUUGGCAAGAAGGUGUCUUCUAAGAGAAUUCCCUAUGCUGCAUCUGGUGAAAUUCCAAAGUUCAGCCUUCAGGAUCCACCUAAUAAGAAACCCAGAGUCUAGAAUUGCUGUUUCAAUUUGUUAUGUUUUCGGUACUUCAGGAUAGUAAAUAUCUCUCUGAUGUUACAUGGUAAAUGAAACAAGGAUUUUUAGGGAAGCAAAACUAUUUUUUUAAUCAAGUUUGUACUAACUAUAUGGGAAUUAGCUUAUCUGAUAUUAUGGAUCUAGAAUAUUUUUUACGUAUUUUUUUAUAAUAUUGUUACCUCAGUGAUUGGAUUGAACAAGUGGCAAAUAAUCAUGUUGGUUUUAAUGGUGUCGAUUUUUAUAAAAUAAAAAUGAACCUUCAAAUAUUUCUUACUUUAUAAAACGUCCAUAGGCAGCACUUUAAUAUUAUGUUGUGAAGUUUUAAGGAAAAGAACUCCUCAGUUUUUCUUUGAUUGUCAGUUUACUUGUCAUGGAAUUGAUAUUUUUAAACCAUGAAAUUGUUAUGCUGAACAGUGGCCACUACCCUGUUCACUUUCUGCAAGUUUCUUGGACAUUAGAGAUUCCUGUCUCUGAAGAAGGAUGCUUAUUUGUGCUUUAUUUCUCUUUUUUUUAAAUGUGCUUGAAAUGUUUUUCCUAUUCUUUAUGCUGCAAAAUCUUACAAAUACGGUUUGGUUAAUGUUCUUUUGCUUUUUUUUUGUUUUUAUGAGUUAUGAAGUUGACUUUUAGCUCAAAAAAUAUCAUGUCUGUGUAUUUUCAGUCAACCCAAAUAUGAUUACAGACUUUUUAAAAAAUAUGAAAAUAAAAUCAGGAAUAUGGUC